UUCCCAGCAGGGGUAUGUCAUUUAGGUUCCAAUUAAUGAGGUAUGUCAUUUAAGUUUCAGUCAGUCAUUUAUAUAUGUCAUUUGGACUUAGUCACUCAGGGAUGUAUCUCAUUUAAGGUCUAGUCAGUCAGGGAUGUAUGUGAUUUAGGUUGUAGUUAGUGACAUAUCUCAUUUAGGUUCCAGUCAGUGAUGCAUGUCAUGUAUGUUUCAGUCAGUUCGUGGUGCAUCUCAUUUAGGUUUUAGUCAGUGAUGCAUGUCAUGUAUGUUUCAGUCAGUUCGUGGGGCAUCUCAUUUAGGUUUUAGUCAGUAAUGUAUGUAAUGUAGGAUUCAGUCAGUGAUGUAUGUAAUGUAGGAUUUAGUCAGUAAUGUAUGUAAUUUAGUUUUUAGUCAGUGAUGUAUGUAAUGUAGGAUUUAGUCAGUGAUGUGUGUAAUUUAGGUUUUAGUCAGUGAUGUAUGUAAUGUAGGAUUUAGUCAGGAAUGUAUGUAAUUUAGAUUUUAGUCAGUAAUGUAUGUAAUUUAGGUUUUAGUCAGUAAUGUAUGUAAUUUAGUUUUUAGUCAGGAAUGUAUGUAAAUUAAGAUUUAGUCGGUGAUGUAUGUAAUGUAGGAUUUAGUCAGGAAUGUAUGUAAAUUAGGUUUUAGUCAGUGAUGUAUGUAAUUUAGGUUUUAGUCAAUCAGUUAUAUAUGUAAUUUAGGAUUUAGUCAGGAAUGUAUGUAAUUUAGGUUUUAGUCAGACAGGGAUGUGUGUCGUUUAGGUUUUAGCCAGUUUUGUUUGUAAUUUAGGAUUUAGUCAGUGAUGUACGUAUUAUCAUUUAGGUUUCAAUCAGGGAUGGCGUCACCGACUGAAUUUACUGACUCGUCCAACCUUUUCAAAUGACUCGAAAUAUGCAACUACUGAUGGUUUGAUUCACCAACCACCACAGCCCUUGAAAAUCCUGACCGCUAAAUCAAGCCACUUUCAUAGUUUAUACUAUAAUAGUAAUAAUACCAAUCUUAGCCUAAGACCACUCAUAAAAUUCCUAUACACUGUAACUUUACAAAAUUCAACAAAACAAAUUGAAUCGACUCGCUUGAAGCGAGUUGUUCACACGGAACCGAUUCAUGCGCGAAUCAUCUAUAUCUACUCUCUGAUAGAGGAAAAUGGCGUUCUGAGAAAAGCUAAAGAUUUCAAAAACAACCUCAUCUACAAACUGGUGUUCUACAGGGUUUCCCCAAUGUCCGUGGCCAAUGCGAAACAGGCCAUCUUCAACCCGGUAAUUCCUUUCACAGGACUCAUCCCAGGUGGGCUUCAGCCUGGAGAGAUGGUUGUAGUUCAGGGCUGUGUUCUCAAUGAUGCUGACAGGUUCCAGUUUGACCUGACCUGUGGCAGCAGCACGAAGCCCCGAGCCGACAUCGCUUUCCACUUCAACCCCCGCUUCAGGAGCUCGCCAUGCAUCGUUUGCAACUCCUUACAGCAAGGUAGCUGGGGCAGAGAGGAGAUUCUUGAUCAGAUGCCCUUUAAGCAAGGAGCAUCCUUUGAGACAAUCAUUCUAGUACAGGAAGAUGUGUUCAAGGUGGCAGUAAACGGAGCUCAUAUCCUGGAGUAUCAGCACAGAAUCCCUCUUCACAGGGUCGACACGUUCUCCGUAUCAGGAAAAGUUCAAAUACAAGCCAUUGGCUAUGUCCCAAGCUCAGCAAUAUUUUCAGAAUCAGGUGAUUUGAGUAUACCCUACAGGGGCAGUAUACUUAAAGGGCUCAGUCCUGGACAGCACAUUACAAUUAAGGGCCACGUCAGCUUAUUUCCUCAUAGUUUUUCUGUAAACCUGAGGUGCAGCGAGUCCAAAAACAUCGCCCUACACCUGAAUGCACGGAUCAAAUCGGGCACGGUGAUCCGCAACUCUUUCUUAAGUGAGUCUUGGGGACCGGAGGAGAUGGAGCUGUCGUACUUCCCGUUCACAGCUGGGAAAUACUUUGAGAUCAUCAUCCUAUGCCAGACUCACCAGUUUAAAAUCGCUGUUAACGGAGAGCAUCUGCUGGAGUACAGACACCGAGUGCAGGACCUGAGCUCCAUCACCCAGCUGGAGGUCCUCGGAGACCUGGACUUACAGGACAUUAAGCUCUGGUGACUCUCAGAUCAGUAACGGCACAUGCUCACUCCAGCACUUGUGUUUUUUUUUUUUUUUUAACAGCCAAUUAAUGAAUACACAGCUGUGUCACUGACGGAGAACGCCCAGUGUACACCACUGCAUGUGAGCAAAGGGCUGCGUUUCCAAAAUAUGAUCUGAGGCCUGGAGCCAUGGAAUUUUUUUUUCCCCAUAGUGUAGCAAUUAGCUAGUAGAAUAAUAAUAAUAAUAAUAAUAAUAAUAAUAAAAUAUAUA